AUAUGGGACUACAAGCUUUGCUUUCUUCAAGUCUCCACCUUUACCUUCGCCAUACGUUCUUUGAUUCUUUUCCUUCAAGUCUCCACCUUUACUUUGCGGUAUUUGACAGCUCAUCGUUGUAUUAAUAUUAAUUACAAGUAGGUAGCUGGUGCGGGUUUGUGUUCCUAAGGCCUGGAACUUGUAGCUGCAGUCUCCACAAGUCAAGCUAAUAUUUCCGGCUUUUACACUUCCAACAUUAAUUGUUAACAGAGGAUCCGUCUCAGAAAGUUCCUUUCUUUUUCUAUAUAAAUUCCCUUCUCCACAAGGCUAACGUUCAGUAACCAAACAGAGGUAUUUAUGUCUCAAAGAAAAGCACUUGCUUAUUAGCUAUGGAAAUUGAGAGAGCAACAACUGGAUUACUGGUUUGCAAAUACUCGUCGUGGAGAUCAGUCUUCUUCUGAGCCAUCUUUAGCACCUAGUAGUAAUCUUUACAAACCCUCCUUGAGUUUCAGGGAUGAGGGCUACUUCAGAAUCAGCAGAGUGGAUAUUUUUAGCCACUAGCCUUGGCCUAGAGAUCUUGUCAGCUGCUUGUGAUCAGGCUUCCUCCCCAAGAACACCCCACUAUGCCCUAUCUGGGAUGCUGUUAUCUAUUGCAGCUCUGCUCAUUUCCAUCUGGGAGCUAAUUUACAGAGGUAAAAAGGAAAGAGUUGUGUUGAGGAGAUGGGGAAUGCUCUGGUGGUUUUAUCAUACACCACCUCCUCCACAUACGCCUUUUGGUACUCUUCCUGACAUUUAUGGACUAGUUGCUGGCAUCUCACAGUGCAUUUGCUCUAUAGUUCAGUAUGUUUACUGCCUUCGACAUGCUAAUAGUCCUUUCAAAGCAUCCCUUUUGCCUGCCAUAUUUCUUAUGUGUUUAGGUGGUUCAAAACUAUGUAAUAACCGACUGAACGCGAAUACCACUGAUAACAAGAACUCGUGGGAAAAUUCUUCAAGCACGGAAGAAACUUCGUGGCAUGCAAUCAAGGUAGAUCUACCAUUUCUUUAUGAUCAGGAGGUAGAGGUUGAAGGCAACAUAGAGCAGCAUCAGCUGCAAGAGCAGCGGAGGCAACCGCAGGAGCAGCAGCAGCUGCUGGAGAUGUGGCUGCAGGAGCAGCAUGAGCAGCAUGAGCAGUAUGAGCAGCAAAAGCAGCGGCGGCGGCGAGAGCUGCAGCAACUACAGGAGCAGCAGGAGCGGCUGCAGGAGCUGCAACGGCGGCUGGAGCUGGAGCAGGAGCAGGAGCAGCAGAAGUUCCUGCAACAUCGGCGAGUAGCAGAGCUGGAGCAGGAGCAGGAGCAGCAGAAGUUCCUGCGACGUCGGCAAGUAGUGAAGGCGGAUUGAAGGAGGUGGACAUGCCUCCAAGAAAAGCGAACUCAAACUUGUGUAUAAUUUUGUCUCUUACUAACUCACUAUAUUUCUAAAAAUAUAAUGCUAUGAAUGCUAUAAAAACUACUAUUGGAUGACAAUUGGAUGAAUGAAAUGUUAUAGGAUCUUCUCUAUUUAUAGGCAACAAGACCUCUGUUUAGAAAA